AUGGUUCCCCCACCCUCAAACCCGCAACAAAUCCAACAAUUCCUCUCCUCCGUCCUCUCCCAACGCGGCCCAAACUCCGUCCCAUACGACGAAUCCACCAAAUGGCUAAUCCGCCAACACCUCCUCAACCUAAUCUCCUCCUACCCUUCCCUCGAACCCAAAACCGCCACUUUCAUCCACAACGACGGCCGCUCCGUCAACCUCCUCCAAGCAGACGGAACAAUCCCUAUGCCUUACCACGGCGUCACUUACAACAUCCCCGUCAUCAUCUGGCUCCUAGAAUCUUACCCACGUCACCCUCCCUGCGUCUAUGUCAAUCCAACGGCUGAUAUGAUUAUUAAACGGCCUCACGCACACGUCACACCUUCGGGACUCGUUUCGCUGCCUUAUCUGCAAAAUUGGGUUUACCCUAGCUCAAAUCUGGUUGAUCUAGUCUCCGAUCUCGGCGUUGCGUUCGCUCGUGAUCCACCUCUCUACUCGAGACGCCGUCCUCAACCGUCUCCGCCUCCCCCGGCUUACGAUUCGCAAUUGAUUCGACCUCAAACUCAAACUGCGGAUCAGUCGUUAAUGAGACCGUUCCCGCCGUCUCCUUACGGUAGAGUUCAGCACCACCAGCAUCACCAGCAGCAGAACCAGCAAUCGGAUGAUGCCGCGGAGGUUUACAAGAGAAAUGCUAUCAAUAAGAUGGUGGACAUGAUCCACGUGGAUCUCGUUACGAUGCGGAGAGCGAGAGAAGCGGAGGCGGAGUCGUUGCUGAGUUUGCAGGCGGGGUUGAAGAGGAGAGAGGAAGAGAUCAGGAGAGGGUUGAAGGAGAUGGUGGAGGAGAAAGAGACGCUUGAGCAGCAGUUACAGAUCAUGUCGAUGAACACUGAUGUUCUCGAGAAUUGGGUUAGAGAGAAUCAAGGGAAGACUAGUAAUAGCAGUGAUGUUGUUGUUGAUGUGGAUAAGGCCUUUGAGUGUGUUGAUGGUCUCUCUAAGCAGAUGUUGGAGUGUACUGCGUUGGAUUUGGCGAUUGAGGAUGCGGUUUAUGCGUUGGAUAAGGGGUUUCAGGAUGGGGUUGUUCCGUUUGAUUUGUAUUUGAGGAAUGUGAGGUUGUUGUCGAGGGAACAGUUUUUUCAUAGGGCUACGGGUUCGAAGGUUAGAGCUGCUCAGAUGGAAGCUCAGGUUCAUGCCAUCGCUGGUAGGUUGCAUUCGUGAAUGUGUUUUAAGUUGUUUUUUAUUGCGUUUUGUGGGAUGUUGUUGUGUUACAAUGGUGUUAUAUAUGGUCUGAGGAGCUUGGCUUUUUAAUUAAAAUGUUUAUAGACUACAUACAUUCGACACGUCUGUGCAGAUACAUAUUUGAAUGGAUCAGUCGUUUCUUUCAGUUUGUGAUAGGAGAACCAUUGUGAUCUACUUUGUUUGUUUUGGGUCUCUUUGUGAUGAAUCAAUUAGGUUUGAAUGAUAUUGUUAGUGUUUGAGUUCAUUCAUCAUGCACAAGGAAACUUAACUGACAUAAUAAUAAUAAUCCAUAGCACAUUAGAUCCUUCAUUUAU